AUGGCAAGCACACUUCCAGCCCUGGCCAUUCCAGGCCAACGUCUGGGCCCAGUGACCUCCUACACAGCCGGUCCAGGCACGCACGUACAACAAUCCAAUGUCUACGCCUCCAUCGCCGGCCCAGUCGUCGUCGAACCGGCGCAACCAGGCUCCUCCAAGGGAAAGGCUACUCUAAGCGUCUCUCCUGGCGCCAAACCCAAACAGAAAUACAACACCCUCCCCGCAGUCGACUCGGUGGUGCUGGCGCGUGUGACGAGGGUCCAGAAACGUCAGGCUACUGUAUCUAUCCUGGUUGUGUUGGAUGAAUCGGGCGCCACCCAAGGUGUCAAUCCCUCCCAGACGACAUCCGAUAACGACAACAUCGAGGCGAUUCUCUCCUCCGCCGCCAAUCCCGAGAAUCAUAGCAGUUCCGACGAGCUCCGCUUCCAGGCUCUUAUCCGGAAGGAAGAUGUGCGUGCGGUUGAGAAGGACCGCGUCGUGAUGGACGAGAUGUUCCGCGUUGGCGAUAUCGUGCGUGGAACCGUUAUUUCCCUCGGAGACCAGAGUUUCUACUAUUUGACGACUGCACGCAACGACCUGGGCGUGGUUAUGGCUCGCAGCGAAGCCGGCAAUAUGAUGUUCCCCGUUAGCUGGAAGGAAAUGAGAGAUUCGAUCACCGGUCAGGCGGAGUUGAGGAAGGUGGCGAGACCGUUUUGA